AUGUAUCUCUUAUCAAUAUGCGUCCUUCUAUCAAUCCUAGAAGCCGUCAUCGCAAGAGGUCGGAUAAAUUUUCUCAUUCACAUUUUUUUUAAUUUUUUGAAGCCUGAAAUCCGAAUCUUUCUUUAAAUUUUCUCAUCUUUUUCAGCCCCAUUCAUUCGAGACCGACCUAGAGGCUUGGGUCUACUUCAACUACCAACUGGAAUGACUGACGAAAGAUCCGGACCGUUUUUCCCUGGACUUUAUAUCGCUGGUGACAAGGUCUAUUUCAUAGUUAUCGGUCUAUUUUUAACCAAAACUAAUCGAAAAUGAUUAAAAUUGAAUUAUAGGCCAGUGAAAAGCCCCAAACCGUUCCCGACGUAUCACUUCCGGGACAGCAAGCCGUGUUUUCUGGACGGUAAGUUUUGAAAAAAGAAAUUCUUCGGAUUUUUUGAAAGCCAGGUAUAAAAUCAUUGUGCAGAAAAAUUAAUAAUUAACUCCUGAAAAGGUUGAAAAUUAGGAUUAGCCGUCAGAAUGAAGUAUGAGAUGCUCUAAAACCAGCUUGAGUGGGAGAAGUUCAAGUGGUCAUUUUAGGGACUAGGAACUAAUUUAUCUCUAAUAGAAAAUUUCAACCGAAAUCGGGAGGUUUGAUAGCCAAGUGGUCACUUAAAUGAUUUUGAAGCUUGGAAAACAUUUUUUCCUUCUUUUUUAAAGUAACCUCUUGAAACAGUGACUUCUGGAGACAAACAUUUUGAAAAGUCUUUUUUUUCUUUUAAAUGACUACUUGAAUUCUUCUCAGCCAGACUAACCCCUAUAGAGACCACUGUUCCACAUAAAAAAUCUUCCUGAUUCCGUCGAUGACUUAUGUUUUAUCAGGGACAACUUUUCGAAGCGCAAGAAAAAUAUUUGUGACGUAUCUUCUCAUCAAAACCGUUGAUGCGUGAGGUGCAAAAAAUUUUCUGAAUUUCAAAAAGCCUCAAUGAUUCAUCGUGCUUAAUGAACUUCACAGAGUCUUUAUCUUUUCAUUUUUUUUUUUUUUUGAAAAUAAUCAUUCAGUUCCGCGUUCAACCCCUUCACACAAGCUGUGUCAGCAGUAUACACUGAAGAUCUUGUCGACGCCUGGGGCGCUGGAUUUGCAGUAAAUGUGAGUGAGAAGAAGUUUGGAAGAAUAUGAUGUUUUUGAUCUUUGAAAAAAAUUUGAAAGCAAGAUAGAUGGAAGACUUCAUAAGAAAUAGCUUGAUAGAGUUCAAACCUGUUCAGAAGUAUUGCGCUCCAUGGCUAAAUUUUAACUUUCUGAGCACUUUAGUCGGAGCUCGGUGACGAAGACCGGACGAGCUCCAGACGUUUCUGAGCAAUUCUAGAGAUCACUUAAGUGUAUUGACGCUACUAAAGUGGUCACUAUACGUCCCGGGCGCGUCCGACCACGGACCGAGUCAGAAAACAAAGAGAUCAUCUCGACUUCUGCACUCUAAAGAGGCCCUCCUACUUCUUGUUCUGAAUGUUUUGAACUGACGAACUUUUAGGGACCACUAAAAGUCCAGAUCUCUACAUUUAAACUACAAAACACUUGAGUGACCUCUUCAACUUCAUAUCUCUAAAAUCAGCCCCCCCUAAAAGCCUUGAAAAACAUGCCCGACAUCUCAUCCUAACUUCAAAGUAAUCUACAAUCUCUCACCUUGAUUUUCUAAACACCAAAAUCCUUAAGUGAUUUUUCCAACCCACCAUUCUAUUUCCUGUGUUCUCUAGAACCUAUGAGGACGGCUCCAACUAAUCGUACCACAAAUCGAAGCUUUCAUCCCUUCUAACUUCCUUCCAGGGAGUCAACAACAUGGGCCUGAACGUCCGAAAGAACUUUGACGGUUUCGCCGACGCUCCUCUGAACGCCAAUGACGGCAUGUACCAGCCAUUCUUGACAGCCAUGGCUGUCGGUGCCGAGUACGAUUUGGCGAAGAUCCGAGAAGUUUCCGGCAAUUUCAACCUUCCGCUGCCUGGAAUCAAUGAAUUGUUCGACUUUGAUGGAAGAUUCAUGGUGAAAGGUGGGUGGAAAUCGGAAAUUUUCUGAGGUUCCAUAUUUUCAUGGAACCUUUCAAAGAGCUAGAAAAAAGGGCCUGACACUAAUAAGUCAGUAGAAAAUUAUUUUAUGAUUUAAACGGUAGAUGGCGUCUCUUUUGACGCUCGUCGCUCUAACGAAAAACGUUUUCAUUCACAAUGACAAGAGGCGAGAGAUUAAUGACUGCCCGAAGAGACAGCAGAGAAAGAGGUCAGGUCUCUUUCUCUGGUGUCUCUUCGGGAAGGUUGAUCUCUCACUCACAUUUUUUGCGCUCUUUAUGCCGUGUUCAAAGUAAUUUCCGCGAAAUGCAAAAUGAUCUCUGACUCUCCAAAAUUCAGUCAUCUUUUUCUUUCUCUGACCGCUAUUUUGGAUUUUGCGGAAUCACUUUGAACACGGCAUAAUCUCUAUGAAAAGCUGGAGCCAUGAAAAAACUCCUAUGAACUCUCAGAAUCUUCCAAAAAAGGCUAGAAACCUCAAAAAUUUGAUAAACUUACAGGAGGUGGCAACGGUAUCCUCAACAGCGCCAUGGAAUUCCCACUUUCUCUUUCCGACCCUAACGAACGAGCUCCUUACACCUUCAAGGUAAUUUUCUGCAUCUUGAAUAAUUAGCUGAACUUUUUCAAGUACCUCAACUACAUGGCGGAUCGUCACAUGCACUAUGGUCAUGUCGUGCCGAACGUCAACUUGUUCGUGAUCCCGAAGGACAAGAUCAUGAGCCGAUUGGUCCAGAACCGACUCAACCCAACUAUGAUUGGAUAA